AUGUCGGCUGGGGAUGCUGGCGGUAGUGGCGGUGUAUUUAAUGCAACACCGGAGGAAUUUGUGAAGGCCACAGCAGACGUCACCUCACGACUGCGAGAAGCUGUGGAUGUGGCCCGGAAAGAUCCAUCGAAGGAAAUUGGAAUAUCUUCAGAGGAACUUCAACAACGACGUAAACUGGCAACAACACCUCGAAAUUUUGUUGGGGAUGGGACCAAUCGUAUGUUUGAAGUAAAGAGUUCGGCUAGAGCGCAGCAGAUCAUGAAUAAGGGUCUUCUUGAUAAGCAGCGGGAAAUGCGUCAGAGAGAGGUGCUUAAGAAGAUGGGUAUUCUACGUAAGGUGCAGGUGGGAUUGUUUAUUGUUGGUAUAGGGUUUGUCUGGUGGCUUGGGGUGGAGUUCCUCUUACCACAGUACGCGGCUGUGCAGGAGCGAAAUCGUAUUCUGCAGUUACGGUAUGAACGAGCACAGAUGAAACUUGAGGAGCUUGAGAAACAAAAACGUCAGUCAACUGAAUCGUAA